AUGCCUCGUACACGGUCAGCUUCAUCAACUUCUUCUGGGAAUGGUGUCACACACGAAUCGGAAAUCCGAUGGCUACUUCUCUCCGCGCAAACCCGGGAGCUAGGAAGUAAAUGGGACACCAUUCAUACAAACGUCGAUCGCAUACUCAAAGCCCACUCGUGCAGCUACAUAGGUAUGGCUCUGACGGUUGGAUUAACGACUUUUCGUGGCCUUGGCCAUCCCAUAGUGGCGGUAAUGAUGGAUCGCGAGCCGGAUUGUGGCGCAAUCGCACUCGCAACGAUGGUUGAGGAAAUUUUAGAAUAUCUGCACGAGUUGCACCCUCGCCUCGAUGUGCUCUUACACCAGUUUGAAGAACCAAUUCAGAUGCUUGGAGUUGGGUCGAACGAAAGAACUGCUCAACGAUCAUCGCCUUCGACAUCAGACCCUACAUUCGACGCUACGCCAGAUUUUUCAUAUUAUUCUGCAUCUGAUUCUCCAACUUCUGACUUUUGGUCGCCCACAUUAGCAGUCGACAUUUUUCCAGUGAGUGACUACACCACUAACGUCAACUUGACGGUCGGCAUUAGGGCGAGUAACGGUUGA